AUGAUCCCGAAAACGCUGCUUGUCUCUGAACAGUUUUCACCUAUGCUUCUCCUUUCCGUGUUGUUUUUCUAUGUACGGGAUACUUCGAGAUUCCAUACAUUUAACAAAAUUUCAAUUUUUCGGAAAUGCAAGAAAGGAAUUUUUCAGCUCUCCCAAGUUAUCAACAUAACGAUGGCGUUGGAAGAACCAAAUUCUGUCAACCAACUAAUACCUGCCACUGCUUCCAACUGUCCCGCUUUCGCGAGAUCGCCCACCGACCAGUCACCAGUUUCAAAGAACUCAGGUUAGAGUCCAAUACAAUAAGAGGAUACAAAUUUUAUGCAAAAACUGUUGACGAAAAGAAAGAAAAAUUUUCAGUUAGAAAAAAAUUCUCUGACUAUACGGAAAUUCAUCUCAAGUAUCAUUUAAUAGAGAAAAAAGAUUUUUGAAACGUUGAAGUUUUCGCUUCAAUCGUUUCUUACUUUUUCCUCAUUAUGUAAACUUUGAAUAUAAAUCCUAAAAUAAUGGUUUUUCUUUAUUGAGUUUUGUUGAAAAUUUUUGAUUUUUUUCCAUUUCAAUUCGCCGUGAAUGAACUUUAAAUUCAAAAUAACAAACUUUCAGCCCCUAAGCCACCUAAACUCCUGCCCCAACACCCACUGAGAACCUUGUGGAUGAAUAACGUGCCUGCCAAAUGGCAAUCGAAGUAUAUCUUUUCGAUCUUCGGGGUCUGUUUUCCCAAACUCAGUCCUUUAGAAACCAAUUAUCUUACAGAAGAAAGGAAUUUCCCCUAAGACGAUUAUGCGGUCAGCAGAGCUCGAAGCCGGAGUAUGAUCGACAUUAACUUUGGGCCAAAUUCACUCAUCGAGAAUUUUUCAGCCUCCAACGCGCCGCAUCGAGUUUCGGACAUUUGCAGACGCCCGACGCGCCCUGUCGUUCAAUGGUAAAUCUGCUGAAAGCCAACCGGAGUACAUUUUUGAUCUAACCUCCGCUUUCGACAGUUUUUCAAGAAAAGAAAAAGGUUGGGCCGAAAAAUUUAUGAUUCCUUUGAAUAAUACGAAAUACUUCAUUUAAAUAUUUUUUUCAGUUUAGCAUCUGACGUAAUGGUCUUGAAACUCUGAUCAAAACGUUUCAAACUUGACCUCGAAGCCGAUUGAAAAAAGAAAAAAAAAAGAUUUUUCAGUUUUAGAUAACUUUUUAAGGACUCCCUUGUCAGAUAAUUUUCAUUUUUUGAUUAAUGAUUACUUUCUAGAACCGAUUAUCGCGGAUGUCAUCGAAAUGCAAAAUUCGAUCAGAACCCUUUGGUUAAAAGGCGUUCCCUUCGACUGGGAUCCAAAUAUGAUCAAUAUCGUCUUCAACGUGAGUUUUCCUUAUCCCAUUUUUUUGAAAACUCAUUUUUUUUUCAGAGAGCUGGCUUCUUACUCGUUACAAUUUCCAUUAUGAGGUCAAAAGCUCAGGUGAAAUUGGCAAAAUUUCCAAACCCUCCAAAACAAUAUUUUUUCAGACAAGGAUGUACGGCAUCGAAUUUGAAACGUUCGAGGAUGCCCAACUCGCUCUGUCUGAGAUGAACGGGAAGAUCUACCCAUACGACGACUCGGAAAUAUUGAUAAAGCUCAGUAACCCAUACGAUGCAACGCCUACGAAGUUUGCAGGUUCGGAUCUGAAAACAUUGACAAAAUGAAAAAAAUUUCAAAGUUCUGGGGGGAAGGGUCUAUUUUUCAUAUUAAAUUCAAUCUUGCUUACUUACUUUGAUACUUUGAUGGUCCAUCUUCGCUGAUGUUCUCAGCGUGGACCACACGUUCUCCAGGCGGCUCGGUCUUGCGCGACGGUCAUCCAGUGGCGACCUGGCUGACUGAUGUUCUUGGGGAAGUAGUCCGUCCAUCUGGUCGGUGGGCGCUCGAUGUUUCUCGGAAUCCAGUGUGUUAAUCUCGUGGACCAGCGAUCGUCUUGUCUGCGGAUGACGUGGCCGCCCCAAUGAUGUUUCCCGCGCUGUAUGUUCUCUUCUAGAUCUCGGAUUUGGGAUCGUUGCCGGAAGUCUGUGCUCCGCUGUUCUUUUUUCCACUGCUCGAAGCGAUUGGUGCCGGAGAGCACGUUCCAGUGGGCGGUAGGAAGUUCGUAGGGCGGUUGCAUUGUUCUUCGUGUCAGGCCAAACUUCUGUGCCGUAGGAGAUAGCAGUGAUUAUCGACGCUUCGAAGAUGUGAGCUCGCAGUUUCGGGUCUUUCAGCUGGCUGGUGACUUCUUUGAUGGAGUUGAAGGCGGCCCAUCCAGCGCUAGAACGCCUUGGCAAACUGCAAGGAUUAAAUAGCCCCCAAAUCGGUUCGAGAUCCUUUAGCAUUAAUAAAGCAUAAAAACUAUUAUUUUAUUCACGCGGGGGAGAGGGGAGAGGGAGGGGGGUAAACGCGUUCUUUUUUUCUUAUAGCUUUUUUUAUAUGAAUUGAUGAAAGCGUAAAUAUUUAGGAGGGAGGCUUACGGACACCGUAAGUAGGCAGGACGCCCUGAGAACGCUUUGGAUACGGAACCUGCCACCCGGCUGGAGUAUCACCAAAAUCAGUUCCUAUCUCGAAGUGAGUCCUCCUCAUACCAUUUCUUUGAAAACCCACUCGAUUUUUUCAGGGAGAAGGUUUCAAACUCGUUAGUGUAAUCCAGCCGAACUACGAAAAACAGGGUAAGAUUAACAAUAUGUUUCGCCUAAUAUUUUAAAACACUGAAUUUUCAGAAAGUUAUUUUCUGCGUUGAAGUUGAAACUCACGAAGAAGCUAAGAAAGCUGUGGCGCAUCUCAACGAAACGCCCGUUCCAAAUGAAGAAUCGGAGGUGCUUUUCGACACUUGCCUCGCUUUUGACUGUCCCGGGUUGGUUUGCUCUGAAAAUGCUCAUCAAAAUUUUCGUCAGGUUCGCGUACAUUCUGGUGAUAAUAAACCUUCCUGACGACUGCAAUGUUCCGGACGUCGCCAAAGUCAGUUGAACUUUUUUUCAAGGUCCCUAACUUGGGAAAACUCUCCGAAACCGAUAUAAAUAACUUUUAGAACAAAUUCAUAACUGAGGCUGAACACAGUGAAAAAAUUAUAAUAAAAUUGGGUAUUAAAACUUGGAUUUCUUUUUUUGGAUUUUUAACUCUCUUUUUUUGUUGAGACUGCAUGAUCUCGGAAAUGUUCCAGGCCUUCAAAAAGUACCCGUCAUUCGUUGGAGUUGUCGUCGAUCGAGACUCUAAUGGGAACCUCAAUGGCAGGGCUUGGCUUGAAUUUGGCGAUUUGAAGGACUGGCAUUCGGCCCACGUGAGUUAGAUCUUCUUAUACUAAGUUUCGACAUUUCCGAAAGUUAUAGGAUUCUUUUAUGAUUUAUGAAAAAAUGACUUUUUUUAAAUUUUUAUUGAAUGAAGAGUUCAGAUGGAGUUCAGCCACUUGAGGAUCCGCGAGUUCGUCCGCUUGCAAUUGCGCAUGGACGUGAAAUAUGCCGCGCACGACCAAAGAAAGUCGCUCGUAAGUUUAUAAUUCAAAAUAUAUUGAAAAACUUUCGAUUCGAGAAAGGAAAAUUAUUCGCGGUCAACUAUUCUUCCCUCUCUCCAUCUUAGGAUCUCCUCCAAUAAAUAUAAUCGAAAUCCUUUCUUUUCCCAAAGUCUUGCUCGUUCAGACCCCAAGUCCCGAACAACUCACGCAUUUCGAGCGCAAGUCGAUAACUCCUGCUCCAAUUGAACACGAGAUCCGCAAAGACCGGGCGACUUACACUCCCACUUCGCAAUACCCAUUGGUGAGCAUCAAAAGUUCAUCCAAAAAGCCUCAUCAAAUAAUAUUUUAGUUUGAACACUUAAGAAUCUUCUGGCACGACCAGUUUCAAAAAAUCAUGAUUUCGAAACAAAAAAAUAGAUUAUUUUGAGAAGUUUUGAACGAUGGAUGAAGGAAAUCUUCUACCAAAAUCAAAUAUAUAUUCUCAUCUUUACAGUUUUCUUACAGACGCCGCUCGUAAAUGAUCCUCAACGUCAUGACUCAACUCCGCCCAAUCAGGCCAAUGCUGAAGAUCGGAUGUCGGACGACCCGUGGCCGCAACUCCUUUCAGUAAGAAUCAAGUUUCACCUGAAAAAACCGUUUUAAAAAGUUUCUUGUUUGAAAACUGAUCAAGAUCUACUGGAGCAGUUCGUGUUUCAAAAGUUAUGAAAAAUGAGUGCAUUUUUGGAAUUGCGCAGAAAAAAAAAUUUUGCGGAUGGAUGUUACAGUUUUGUCUGGAAAAAAAAACAAAAAAAGUGGGUUUCAGUCACAACUAUCUUGUAAGGAAUUCAAUCUUUCUGAAACUUGCUGAAGUUUUGAUGAUUGUUAUUUUUACCACUCUGUUAGAGUUUCGAUUGACAGAGAGAGAGAAAACGAAGAUACACAAACUUUCAGGAAGGCUUAAUUCCUUACAAGAAAAUUGUGACCAAAGUCGCGUACUUUUUGUAAAUUUUCUGAUGGUACUAUGUGUUUAACCAAAUUGAAAUAAUUAUGACCGAUUAACGGCGGGUUUAGGGCCCAAAAGGGCGUGGCUUGUCUUUGGUCUCCGCCAAGCAGGCAUAGUCUCUUUUCUUAUCGUGCCAGGACCCUAUCUUCAAUUGCUCAAACCAGCCUUAUAUCAGCUAUAUUCUCACUUUUAUAGUUCGUUCUUUAAGACGCCAUACCGAAUCGACCCUGCUCUCGAACGCUCAGUCACCAGCUGGUUGCAAGCUUGUCAGGCAGAGUCUGAGAGGCGGAUGGAAGGCAGAUCAAGACCUCAAAUCACAUUGGUGAGAAUAGUUUCUCGCGAAAAAACAGUUUCAAAAAUAUUGAAUUGUUUAAAAUUAAUCAGACUAUUUCUGGAGCAAUCCAUGAUUCAUCUAGUAUGUUAAAUUGAUUAUUUUUUCAUUCUUUCGAUGUUUCAGGCUCUUCCCACAACGGAACCCAAAUCGCCCAACGAAUCUUCGGUCUUUCCUGGUCCCUUAAAUCAGAGCACACCAAUCAAACGGACAACAGACCCCUCAACUGCUCAACACAAUGAAGUGAGAAUCGUUUAAAUAUGAAAAAGCCUGGAUUAUGUUUUUUUUUUUUCUUAUUUCUGUCUGAUGCACGUUAACACUUGGAGGGUUCGCUAAACGGGAAGAACUCCACUGAACUUGUUGAAUAGAGCAUUUUUUUUUUCUGAACAGUUCUGAUUGACGGAUGGAAGAUAUCUUCACGUAGAAAAACUAUUUUUCUCUUCAAUAUUCUGCUUUUUCAGAUCCCCGCAUUUUAUUCCGUGAAAAAUCGAAGUUUUCACUUAAAAAGCAAUGUUGAAAAAAACUUGUUUUGCUAAAAAAAUAGACAAUAAUAGACAAUAAUAAUGAAAAUCUUCAAGAUAAAAAUUUUACGAAAAAAAAUAUUCUUUUUCAUAUUUCUGACGUUACAGGAUCCCCAGCCCAGUAUUUCUGAAGUCCGUGCUCCUCAGAACCGAAAUUCCACCGUUUUCCGACUCAUUGUGUCUAAUCUCCCUGUUGAGAUCACCGAAGAUGCUCUGUGUGCGGUGAGUGAAAUCUUUUUCUGCAUUUAUAUAAGAUUUUCAAAUUUCACUUCACGAAGAGUCAUUUGAAGUAAUCAAACUUUGUUAAAGUUUUCGUAUUAAUGGAACUCGAAAACUAUUUUUUUUUUCGUCAAUUAGAUCUCUUUCAUCAUUUUCUACAAUGCUUUUCGAAGCAGUCUGGAGCUUUAAGUUUACAAGAAACAGAGAAGCAAUCAAAGUGGACUAAUUUCUUCACGCUGCAGCCUUACUUUCAUUGAAAAGUUUCUCUCAUCAUAAACAUCAUUUUGGUUCUAUCAACCAACUAAGUGAAAAAUCGAUUUUUUUUUUCUUUCGGGCGUUUAGAAUUUUGAAAGAAUUGUUCUCGAAAAGCAUAGUUUUUGAUGUUUCAGACGUUCACUGAAUACCCUUCGUUCUGUGGUCUGAGCAUCGAAUUGAGCCCGGAUGGAGUUUCAAAUACAGCCAUCGUUACCUUUGGAGAUAGAAACGAGUGUGAAGUGGCCUACGUAAGUUUGAUAAACUGUCCUAACAAUUAAGGCAAUCAAAAAAAGCUAGAAAAAUCUUCUCAAUUCGAACAUAUAAUAAAGGAAUGUUGUUCAAUGAAGAAUUCAGAUGGUGAACCGGAACGCGGUACUCUGCUCGCGGAAACUGGGAAUCCACUUCGAUGCGGUUCCUGUUGGAACUGAAUCGAACAAAGCUUUGGUGAGUUUCGAAUAUUUUAAUUCUCAUUUCACUCGGUUACAAGAGACAUGAAACACACUAAAAGGCACAUAGCUUUAGCGAGUUUCGAUGAGAGGGGGUUUCAUAGACCCUAACGAGCAAAUUUCAGCACCACACAGAUUUAAAAAAAAACUCAAAAGGUUCAUCAACGUUUUGAAAAAAAAUAGAUACAAAAGAAAAAUUCUGCAGAAAGGCUUCAAACCUUGGCCAUAGGCUCCACAAGCGCACUUUUUUCUGAAGAUCAUUACUUUUUUUCCAUUUUUCCUCUUUUCCAGAUCCCCGUGGCCGAUAGAAGUCCCGAGACCAGCUUGGUUCCUCUCGACCCUCACCUUCGUGAUUAUCAGCCGGAAAACGAUGCUGCUCCACUUUAUAAUCCGGUGAGAAUCAACACUUUCAUACAGAAAAACGUAGUUGUAUGUGUUUAUCUGAUCGUAAAGGUAUACGAAUCUUCAGAGACAAUCGGUCAAUCUAUUUCUGACUUUUUUAUCUAAAGCUAUAAAAAGGGUUCCAUAAAGCCGCUGUUCAAUUCCAAUAAGAAAAAUUAGCUGUUGCUCUAGAUCAACUUCGUUUUCCAUUUUGCUCGCAUGAAUAGCCUCAAAUAAUUCAGCUUUUAAAUCCCGAAUGAAUUUCUGAAAUUUUAGACUUUGAAGUUUUCUCAGUUGCCGAGGAAAACUCUCCACCAGCGGAUCUUUUGUCCAAAAAAUGAGCACUUUUAAUUUUAGAGGCUUUUCUUUUUCUGAUACACGUUAACACUUGAAGGGUUUGCUAAACGGGAAGAACUCCACUGAACUUGUUUAAUAGUGUAAAUUUUUCUGAACAGUUCUGAUUGACGGAUGGAAGAUAUCUUCACGUAGAAAAAAACUAUUGUUCUCUUCAAUAUUCUGCUUUUUCCAGAUCCCCCGCAUUUUAUUCCGUGGAAAAAUCGAAGCUUUUUACUUAAAAAAAGCAAUGUUGAAAAAAACUUAUUUGCUAAUAAAUAGACAAAAAAAAUCUUCAAGAUAAAAAAAUUUUACGAAAAAAAUAUUUUUUUUUAUAUUUCUGACGUUACAGGAUCCCCAGCCCAGUAUUUCUGAAGUCCGUGCUCCUCAGAACCGAAAUUCCACCGUUUUUCCGACUCAUUGUGUCUAAUCUCCCUGUUGAGAUCACCGAAGAUGCUCUGUGUGCGGUGAGUGAAAUCUUUUUCUGCAUUUAUAUAAGAUUUUUCAAAUUUCACUUCACGAAGAGUCAUUUGAAGUAAUCAAACUUUGUUAAAGUUUUUCGUAUUAAUGGAACUCGAAAAAACUAUCGUCAAUUAGAUCUCUUUCAUCAUUUUCUACAAUGCUUUUCGAAGCAGUCUGGAGCUUUAAGUUUACAAGAAACAGAGAAGCAAUCAAAGUGGACUAAUUUCUUCACGCUGCAGCCUUACUUUCAUUGAAAAGUUUCUCUCAUCAUAAACAUCAUUUUGGUUCUAUCAACCAACUAAGUGAAAAAAAUCGAUCUUUCGGGCGUUUAGAAUUUUGAAAGAAUUGUUCUCGAAAAAGCAUAGUUUUUUUGAUGUUUCAGACGUUCACUGAAUACCCUUCGUUCUGUGGUCUGAGCAUCGAAUUGAGCCCGGAUGGAGUUUCAAAUACAGCCAUCGUUACCUUUGGAGAUAGAAACGAGUGUGAAGUGGCCUACGUAAGUUUGAUAAACUGUCCUAACAAUUAAGGCAAUCAAAAAGCUAGAAAAUCUUCUCAAUUCGAACAUAUAAUAAAGGAAUGUUGUUCAAUGAAGAAUUCAGAUGGUGAACCGGAACGCGGUACUCUGCUCGCGGAAACUGGGAAUCCACUUCGAUGCGGUUCCUGUUGGAACUGAAUCGAACAAAGCUUUGGUGAGUUUCGAAUAUUUGAAUUCUCAUUUCACUCGGUUACAAGAGACAUGAAACACACUAAAAGGCACAUAGCUUUAGCGAGUUUCGAUGAGAGGGGGUUUCAUAGACCCUAACGAGCAAAUUUCAGCACCACACAGAUUUAAAAAAAAACUCAAAAGGUUCAUCAACGUUUUGAAAAAAAAUAGAUGCAAAAAAAAAAUUCUGCAGAAAGGCUUCAAACCUUGGCCAUAGGCUCCACAAGCGCACUUUUUUCUGAAGAUCAUUACUUUUUUUCCAUUUUUCCUCUUUUCCAGAUCCCCGUGGCCGAUAGAAGUCCCUGAGACCAGCUUGGUUCCUCUCGACCCUCACCUUCGUGAUUAUCAGCCGGAAAAAACGAUGCUGCUCCACUUUUAUAAUCCGGUGAGAAUCAACACUAGACAGAAAAACCUAGUUGUAUGUGUUUAUCUGAUCGUAAAGGUAUACGAAUCUUCAGAGACAAUCGGUCAAUCUAUUUCUGACUAUCUAAAGCUAUAAAAAAGGGUUCCAUAAAGCCGCUGUUCAAUUCCAAUAAGAAAAAUUAGCUGUUGCUCUAGAUCAACUUCGUUUUCCAUUUUGCUCGCAUGAAUAGCCUCAAAUAAUUCAGCUUUUAAAUCCCGAAUGAAUUUCUGAAAUUUUAGACUUUGAAGUUUUCUCAGUUGCCGAGGAAAACUCUCCACCAGCGGAUCUUUUGUCCAAAAAAUGAGCAGUUUUAAUUUUAGAGGCUUUCCGGAUCAGAUCAAAGUUGUUCUAGCAAAAUUUCACAAAGUUCGCAACCGCGAACAAUUUUACUUAGGACUUGUUUUAGUUCUUUUUCCUAUUCAAGAUCAUGAAAAAAAGAAAAACUGAGAAAAUCAAUCAAUCAACUUCGAAUUUUCUCAGAUGCGAGCAUUUCACGCGCCUCUCACAAUGAAGCAUCAGUUCCUUGUGCCCCCGUACUUCUUCUCUUAUGGAGUGGCCUGCUUGCCGAAACUCCCGGAACCGUGCAGCCAAGAAGGCAAAGAAGAAGUCAACAAGGUAUAGUCAAUCCAUCCUGACUUGAAAAGCAAGGGAGGCGGAGAAGUCGGCGGGACGCGUACGCGGUUUUUGGCACAAUUUGAGUCAAGCGCCACCGACUUUUCACAAAGCUCGGUCACCGCUCUUUUUGUAUCUGUUCGGCUAUUUUUUUUGAUGUAAACAUGUAAAAUUCGAUGAAUAGUUAAAAGAAAUAAAAAAAAGAGCUCGCCAGAGAGUCGCCGGCGGUUGACUUUGAAUCGGGCCAAGAACCGCGUACGCUCACGCUAUGCGCCCCGCCCCCUGCCCCUGCCUCCCUCGCUUUUUAAGUCGGAAAAAAAGUAAACUAUAUUUUUUUGAGUGUUUUUUUGUUUUUUUCCUGGGAAACUUGAAAGAUAUUUUUGUCUUCUAGAAAAAAAGAAGCGGAUACCGCGAAAACCCUGAGAAACCUUUUUUUUUUUUUUCCUCUAACUCAUUCCUUCUUUAUUUCAUUGCUGGUUUUUUUUUUAUCAAAGAGAGCCAAUUAAAAAAAAACCUUCACGAUUUUACGAAAUUAAUCAACACUGUGAAUACAAAACUUGCAUAUGAUAAAGAAAUAUAUCCUUUGACCCUACUUCAACCUUUGAGCUUUUAUGAAUCGGGUCAAGCUUUUAGUUUUUUUCCUUAUUAAGUUCAAAUAACUCAAUGGUAACCUUAUUUACCUUUUACUUAUUGAGUCAAGAAAAAUAGUUUUUUUUUUUCGAUCACAAUAAUUUCUUAAAAAUAUUUCAAAUUAUUCGCUGUUUUUUUAGAAGAAAAAAGUGAACAAGAAAGUCAACUUCGACGACAAUGUUGUAGUCAUCCCUGAUGUCAAAAAGCCACGAAAGGUGCCGGCUCGUAAGAAGACAAGUGAGUUUUAUCCGCUAUGAAGCUUAUUUGCAGCAAAAAAAGUUGCGAAAGUUUAGUAAAAUGAAAAAAAAUCUUUUGUACGACCUGACAUAAUUGUGAUUUCUUUUUUAGAAUAAGCUCCUGGACAAAAUGGGGGCCAAUUUCAGGCAUAGAAACAAUUUAAAGUCGAAUAAAUAGUUCUGUAUCGUAAAUACAUUCUUACAGUUACCACGCCAUUGAAGAGAAACGUUCCAAGGAAAGCUCAAGCGACGCCGAAGAAACCCGCGAAAAAUUGCCGAAAGAAAGCUCAAGCGACGCCGAAGAAAGCUCAAGCAGCUCCGAAGAAGGGAAAAGCCGCCACAGACAGAAAAACGGCGACAAAGAAACGAGAGGACAGAACAACGGUGAUGAAAGAAAAAGUGGUCGCUGAGGAGGAGCCUCUUCCUGCACAACCCCGACGUUCGAGUCGACAUUCCGCGAAAAAUUCCAAAUAG